CGGCGCAAGAGGACAGGUUGACGACAGCAGCCGAGCUGGUUAGUUAGCCGUGUCGUUUAGCACCUGCAGGAGGAGGGCCGGGUCGUGGGGAGGUCCUCGUCUGGUCCUGCAGUGCAGUGCCGGCCCGCGUAUAGCCUCACCCGGACGCGUCCUAACCUUUCUGUCGGCUCGCCCCGCCAGCCCCGCCUUGCCCCGCCCUCCGGAGCGGCGGCGGCCCUUUUCGUCGGCGAGGUCUCCUCUCUCCUCUCCUCGCCCCUCACUGCCCCUGGAGCCGCUACGGCUCGGCGCCCCCGAGCUCGCCCCCGGGCCGGCUUACACCCAGGCGUCGUCAUGGACUCGCUGCACUCGGAGUACCGGAGCACGUACCGCUGGCACGAGUACACGGGCCCGCGGCCCCGCCAGGAUGACGUGGUCCGGGGCCAGCCGCCGCCCUCCAGCGGCCCGGGGCCUGCACCGGAGCCGGAGCCGCCGCGCCUCAGGCCGCCCGGCGGAGCGAGGCGGGUGGCGCACGAGGACCACCUCAGGGCAGACGCCCCGGACAACUCGGAGCCCAUCCUGCCCCGGCGUCGGAAACACCCUCUGCUCGCGUACCGCUGCCAUGAGGUGUUCGGGCUCACGGCCGCCGCCUCAGAGGACUGCCUCGACUCGUCCGACCGCUUCCGAUCGGCGGAGCGGCUGUCCCCUCGCGGGCGGGGUGGACGUCGCAGCAGGUCCGAGGGGCCCCCGGGGUGUCCGCAGAGCCCCUCCGGGAGCCCCUCCGGGAGCCCGGGGCCCCACCAGCCCCGGCCCCACAGGGGCGCCCACCGGGCCGGCCGGGGGCCCCGGGCCGUGACCGCCCUUAUACAGCAGACGCACACCGCGCACAGCGACUCGGAGCCCGACGAGGGGCUGGUCCCGGACAUGUCGCGGUCAACGCCGAGGAAAGCUGUCAAGAUGGUAGCCGCGGGGUCGGGCGAGGGCACGGGCGCCAACCUGCCCGCGGCCGGGCUCCCCACGGAGCGGGCCGCGCUCCGGUCGGCCUCGGACCGGUACAGCUGCGGCCAGGAGUUCAGGCGGCGCGCGCAGCAGCCGCAGGGCCAGGGGCUGCCGCCGCCCGCGCCGCAGCAGGCGCAGCAGCAGCAGCAGGCGCAGACCAGGAUGGAGGCCGCGGUGCACAACGCCGUGCUCGCGGCCAGCCGGCCCGCCGCCGGCAAGAUGUCGGGCAUGGCGCAGACGGCGAACAUGACGGCGCCCAGAAAGUCGCUGUCCAUGGGCGCGCUGCGGGCGCGGGAGCAGCAGCGGUCCAGGGUCGCCGAUCAGGACAGGACCGACGACGCGGGCGAGUCCGAGCCGCUGAUGGCCUCCCAGGACCACGGCGACGCCGACGACAUGCGCGGCGAGGAGAAGAUCCGCGAGGACAACAUCGGCAAGGAUGACAAGACACGCCUCAGGAAGGAGUUCAAGACGGAGUACAAGAAGAAGUUCCGGCCCUUCUCGCAGUACGAGUACGUGGAGGGGCGCUUCAUGAAGCGGCGCGAGGACGAGCAGGCGCCGGCCGAGCAGCCCGAGCCGGCGCAGCAGCAGCAGCCGCAGAAGCCCUGGUACGCGGAGGUGAUCGAGCUGCGCAGGAAGGCGGGCGAGUACAAGCACCGCGGCUGGGGCACGGAGCUGGCGCCCGAGCACAUCGCCGAGCUGUACAGCAAGCAGAUGCUGCUGUGGGAGCAGGUGUCGCGCCGCUCCUCGCUGUCGGCGCUCUCGCUCGCGGCCGUCGCCUCGCCCCGCUCCAUCUCCAAGGAGGAGAAGGAGCGCGAGAACUCGCGCCGCACCUCGCCCACCAAGGCCGCCAGCGUGUCGGGCCACCAGGCCUCGGCCCGCCAGCAGCGGCCGCACACGGCGCAGCCCAAGCUGCCCGGCGUGCACGAGCGCAGCAAGUCCGAGAAGGCGCGCAAGAGUGAGAAGUUGGAUGACAACAAGAGAGAGGGAGCACCCAGAUCAUCGAGGAAAGAGUUCCCUCUGAGACAUCACUUGGAGAGGACCACAGGAGCAGAAGACGGCGCCCUGCUCCUGUCUCCGACCCGCGAGAAGCUGGAGCCCGUGACCCCCCGGCGCAAAGAGGAGCCCUCGGCCAGCCCCAAGAGAUCCCCCGGCCUCGCGCAGACAGGUCGCUCGCAGUCGCUGGGCCCAGGAGGGGCUCCUGAAACACGAUCGCCCAAGAGGAUCCCCAGAGCGCCGGCUAGCGCCGCACCAGCCGAGAGGCGCCCACGGCCAAGUAAGUAUUUGUGGUUUACUGAAAAAAUUAAGAAUUUUGUUUUCAAAUAAUGAUAUUAACGUUACCUUGUAUUUAAGUGCAGAACGUCGAUAGUUUAUAAAUCUAUGCUUGACGAUAAUAGUGCAGUCGAUAUUCAAAGCAGCAAAUUAUAUCUAUUUACGUCAAACGUCCAGAACAAAAAAUUUACAGAAUUCCAAAAUAUACCGUAAAUAACGUCGUGAAGAAUUGUGCCAAACGAUAUGCCAGAAAAAACUUACUAUUUUCCGGUAUUACUGUAGCAUAGGUUAUCCAAUCUUCGAAAAACAAUAAUCUCACGAGAUGGUUUUGAGUCUUCAAGUUAAUAGCAUUAUAAAAAUAGUUUUAUGAUGGUCAACUAUCCAGCGACAAUAGAAAUAGUCAUCGUUCGGAUAUCUGUACGAUAUUACUUCCGAUAUCCGUACAAUAUUAUUUCUCUUUCUUUUUCGGUACUUCUUCGACCAUUUGAUAGACAGUUAUAGGAAUGUCGUCGGCUUGGCACACAUUUUUUUCUUUGUUCAGUUGUAUGUAUUUCAUUUUUCACGGGACAGUUAAAGGUGCAAGCACCUCACGUUACUUUUGCCGAAUAGCCCAUUGCGAAAUGACACUGGAAACGAUUACGGAACGAUAACGUCAAUUGAUCAUUUUCAACGUCGUUUCGAUACCGUUAGGACAUUUCGUUUCGCAUCGGGUGACACUCCGGUACGCGGCUUCUCUUUCUUAUUUCUGUCAAUCUGUGUCUGUGUUUACCCGCAUGCAGUUCUUCUACAGCAGUUUGCUUCAAAAUUAAAUGUUUUACAUAUCCUCUCGACUUCUAUCGAUGUGUAGCUUUACGAGAGUGUGGAGCAAUAGAGUUGGAAGACAUUAUAACGUCUAAGGCGCAGUCGGGUCGGUGAGCGAUCGGCCAGAGUCAGAUUGUCAUUUCUAGAUACUUUCACCGAUAUCCGGAUCAAGUCUAGGGCACGAGCAUGAGUUAGAAUUUUUCAUAGACUUGGCUCGGAAAGAAGCGUGACCAAAUAUUUUCAAGGAUCAGGCUAUAAAAACGAUUGCUCCUCAUUCAAAGGUUUUGUGUGUUAAUAGCUUAAAAAACAUUUUAUUUAUUUGUGCACAGGGUGUUUCUCUACUAACUUUUGUUACUAAGUGCUAAAGCCAACUUAGAUAAGCGGUACAUACAUAGAUUAGAAUACCAUCUAAUAAUUGAUUGUUUCACCUAGUAUGGCACUAUCAAUUGUUUCAUUGAUCAGGGAACACAGUUGUAUCAUUCAUUUAGACUGUGACAGCUGUUCGUUUUUGUUUCGUUUUGUUUUAACCGUGGCAAUAAGUUAGAGCCAGUUGAUUUAAUAUUCUCAAUGGAAAGCACUAACGCCAAGUAAAGUACCCACUCAAACAGACCAAUAGUGGGAUGGUCAGCCGUACCGGCAGACUAUUUCCCAUGAGCACUCCAUGCAACCAAGUAGCUUUUCCCUUGUCUGGUCGAAUGUAGAUAGUUUACUUUGUGACGCAUUCGAGCCGGCAGCUCCUCGUGGCGUCGCCAGGAGGCCCGCCUUUGGGCCCUUUUCGCUGAUAAACAAUCGGCAUAAAAA